CAGAUCAUCCCUGGAAAAGUCCCGGAAAAUGAUCUCCAGAAAAGAGCGGGAACCCUGUAUUGUCAUUUGGAAAGAGUCAUUGCCUAUCCUGUUAACCAAAUAUCUAUACAUAGCACAUUACCCGGUAAACGGCUGCCUUCUGGUUUGUUCGAUGUGGGCUGUUUUAUUUUCAAAAGCUUCGUCAUGGUGCUUUACCACCACCACCCUCACACUGUUGGCAGCAACGUCCCCGUACCACACAGCAUUGCCAUGCUUCCUUGUAUUUAGCAGGAGGCUCCUGCCAGACCCUCUGGCUGGUCCCCUUCAAGACAUACUGGGCCGCUAGCUGUAAUGCAUCUUGAAUGUGUGAUAUUUGUGGAUGGGAGGUGAAAACAGAAAUUGAGGUUACUGCUGUCAUGGCUGGAGAUAUGAGCCGAUGACUGGAGAUAUGAGCUGUCUCUGGGACCGGUGACGGACGAGAAGGAGGGACACUCAUCUUCAUAUUCUAGCCAAUGGGAGACGUGUGAGGUGUCGGGGCCUUUAAAUAGCCGAGUAGAGUGUUAUGUUGGAGUACAGACGGAGACCCGGGCUUUCAGAGGGCUAGCCCCACUGAUGCCGCACUGAAGACACCGUAGAGCUGCUGAGAGAAAGGCUGAGCGACAGACUUUGCUGAAGAGGAGAGACUUCUCGAAUAGAUACUAACAGGAAGAGAGCGAGGCAGAGCUUUGGGGAAACUGAACUUUACCUUUGGCCAACAGUUGCUGGAAUUUGCCAGUUUUUCCUCACAGCUAAAGUCCGACCGUUGAUGAGAAUGAAGUACUCCCAGUGCCCGGUGUCCAAGACCAUGGGACUGAAGACCUUGGUUAACACAGCGACCUACAAGGACCACUCUUCUCUCAAACCAGUCCGGAAUGUCCAUUUCCCCAACGACGUGGUUUUCCAGGACUACGUGAGACAGGGGGAGCUGGAAAGGAUUGGGCUUUUCAUCCGAGCCAAGAGAGUCACUCUGGACACCAUCUACAACUCUGUGCUUAAUGGCAUUACUCACUGCCCUGCGUGUGAAGGUAUGGCUGCUAUCCAUGAAGCGGUCCUGUCUGGGAACCUGGAGUGUGUGAAGCUGCUGGUGCAGUAUGGAGCAGACAUCCACCAGAGAGAUGAGGAGGGGUGGACCCCUCUCCACAUGGCCUGCAGCGACGGCUUCCCUCACAUUGCCCGGUAUCUCCUCUCUUUGGGCGCCGACCAUGAGCUUGAGAACGAAUGCGGGGAGAAGCCAGCUGACCUCAUCGACCCAGAGGACAAGGAGCUAGUGGAGCUGUUUGGGUUGUCUGACAACGACUGAAACUGAGCUCUUCCCCCCCCCCCUCCCUUUACAACAAACCCGAAACCAACAUGAAAUCCAUUUCCCCAGCCCUCCUGGCUGUCUGCAGCACUGGAAGGGAAGGAACAGAUCGGGGGAAUAUCAAUACUUUGCAAGCCGUCCCCACUGUGGAGGUCAUGUUCUCGUCAGUUCUCAUCUGACGGAAGGAAGGCCGGCAGAACUGGUUGUUUUCCCGGCUGAGAUGAGAGAUUUUUAGCUGGCAGCAGCUCCUCCACCACUGGCAUAAAGUUCAUAUAUCUGCUGGUGAUUCUUAGAGCUUUUAUAUUUCUUAUACAACAGUGAACAGAGCAAACCAGUACGGUGGUUGUCAGUUCUUUGCAUUAGUACUUGGCACAUCUGUGGGGUGAGAAGUGCAUGUGAAUGUUCUGAAACUAAAUUGUUUUUUCCCCACUCGCCUCGUCUGCACAGCGGUAAAAGCAGUGUGGUGUGAAAGGAUUAGCAGGAACAGAACUAAAGGUUGGCGACAAACGUUCUGAUUACAGCACAGCACAGUUCUGCUUUCAGUUGGGAGGAAUCGCUGACAUUUUUGUAAUGAUUUGGUUCUGACGACUCUUGCUCCUGCUAAGUUUUCCAGUUAAAAUUUGUUUACAGGGUUUUAUAUCAAUCUUUUUUAUACUUGUUUUUAAAUAAAAGCUCUUAAA